AUUUUAAAGUGUACUAGUUCAUUUCUCUUAAUUUGGAUUUAUAUGAUAGUGCAAACUGAUGGUUCAUGAUGGUCUGCGGUGCAGGAAAUAUAACUUCACUUGCACUUUUGCUGUCACCUAUGACAACAUUCUGGGAGAUAUACAAGCUUAAGUCUACCCAAGAGUAUUCUGGACUUAUAUAUGUGUGUACCUUGUUUAACUGUUGUCUUUGGGUACUUUAUGGAGCCCCAUUUGUUAAACCCCACAGCACUUUGCUCCUCACGAUCAACGGUGCAGGCUUAUUUUUGGAGAUAUUUUAUCUUCUGUCCUCUCUAACAUUUGCCCCCAAGCAGAAGAAGAUGAAAACAGUGCGGUUAGCCGUUGCAAUGAUGGUUGCUUUUGUCAUGGUGGUUGCGGUUACAAUUUAUGCACUGCACACAUAUAAUGUCAGGCAGUUACUGGUUGGCACUUUAGGUGUGAUCCUUUCCAUUGUUAUGUAUGCCUCUCCAUUAUCUGUCGUGGGAGAUGUUAUGAGAACCAAAAGUGUUAAGUACAUGCCAUUUUUGGUCUCUCUCUUCAGUACUCUAAAUGCACUUGUCUGGUCUGUAUACUCUGUAAUAGCCAAGGAUAUCUUUAUAGCUAAGCUCGGAGCCUAUUUUACCUAUAUCUACUGAACUUCAUAAACUUCUAGAAACCAAAAAGAUAGAUGAUGUAUUUGAUCUGGCUAUCGAUAUAGUGGAGGUUGAAGCCACAAGUGUUCUCAAUGUGGAUGCAGUGAAUUUUAUUA